AUGCACCUUGUCCGUGGGCUGUCAAGGCGGCAGGAUGGCCUGUCUACUAAUGGAACUUCGUCCACAACAUCGUCUUUAGAUCAUUCUGCCACUUCCACUGCCAAUUCUUCUACGGAUCCGUCAUCGCAACAACCUCCAUCUGACUCUGAUACCAAACCAGCAUAUCUUAUUGCAAUCAUAAGCACAAUAGUCGGACUUUUAGUAUUGCUAUUUGCAAUUUAUAUGAUUCGUCGAACUAGAAUUAAGCACAAAAACCCCAAAUAUAUACCAACAGUAUUUUUGAAAAAGAAAUGGGAGAAUUGGGAUCCACAAGCUCAUCAAUAUCAAUUGCCAGACCAGAACGAUCCUCAUGAAUAUACAGGAGCAGCCGGUGUAGGGAGAAGUUUAUCCAAUCGCCCGUCUUCAUCGUUUAAUAAUGCAGCCCGAAAUGCUGACGGAAGUGCCGCCGACAUUAGCGCUGGAGGAGUUGAUAGAAAUGCUUCGAUUCGCUCGGUAAUGACUUUGCCAGCUUAUAAUAUGACACCGGGACAAAAUGAGCAGGUGUUAGGGAGGGAAGGGGAUCGAGGGGGCAUCGAUGUCGUUGUAGCAUUUCCGGAAACUAUUGAUGAAGAAGAAUCACAGCGAGAGGCAGAGAUGGAGGCAUUGUACCAGGUCCGACUUGCGAGACGACGCGAAAACGAAGAACGGGAAGAGAGGAGGAGAUUAAGAAGGGAGGCUAGGGAACGAGGUGAUCAUGUUGCGCUAAGAGAACUUCAAUCUCGACCUGCGAAUACUGCCACCGGGCCAACUGUCGAUGAGCUGAGAGCAGAACAUGAUAGGAUCAAGCGAGAACGACAACGAGCAGUUUCAUCGGUUGCGUAUGGCGAUUUGGGAGUUGCGAGACAUGAUGGUACACGAUUACGUGCGAAUAGUGAUGAGAGGUUACGCGCGAAUAGUGAGGAGAGUGAACGACAAGGAUUACUUCACGAUGCAGCAAGCAUGGCCGCGAGCAGCAGAUAUCAUCGAAGAGAUCGAAGCGCAAGCUCAGUAGUAAGUAUUGAUACGGUAAACUCGGAUCUACCUUCUCCUCCUCAAUUUGUAAGAUCUCGAACAGAUUCCCGAGGAGAAAGUCCACUUCGCCGUUCUAGUGGCCCUGAGGACCUGAAUGACAACCAUGAGGAUAGAGCUGGUAGUAGUCCGGAGAUGAUAGGUCAUGACGAUAUUCCUUUGAGUAGUCCGCCAGGAUAUGAAAAUGUAUCGUUAGAUUCACCACAAGCAGAAGCAUCAGCCCUACCAUAUCACAUGACGGAACCCCCUCCUGAUUAUACUAGUCCGAUAUAUGGUAGAGGGGAAGGACCAAGUUUGGAGAGCGCAGGGUCCAGAAGAUCACAAAACAUGGAUGAGCUGAUGACGGAAAGAAGGACAAGCACCCGCAGUAUAAAUUCGGGUCUUUUCCCUCGAGAUGAGAGACGGUCAUCUACACGAUCAACUCGAGGAGUUGGUGGCAUCCCGCAAUUACCCAGUCUACGAUUAGGAACUUUGCCUUCCAUACAUGUCGAUCCGGGAAGUCCGAUGGCAAUGGAAAGUACAGAGGAGGAAGUUCACAGCCCGCACAGCCAAAACCACACUGGUUAG